AUGACCGCCAUAAGCGGGUGGGCAGACCAUCCCCCUCACCCCGGGGCCCCGCUGGUCAAUGCCAGCCUGGCCGCUGACGUCAUUGCUGACGUUGCAGCUGAUGUGGCGAAGAGCGGGGGCAUUCCCAGCAAGCCCUUGCUGGGCGCGUCGUGGAGUCCCGAUGGCAGAAAGUAUCUUCUGGCGCUCUGCUCCACUGGCGGGAUGUCCAACCAUCUCUUCUGUCUGGACGCGCCUAAAGAGUGUUCCUCCUCUGCCCUGCUCCCCUCCCUGCGCCCAUCCCUGCGCCCAUCCCUGCACCCCUCCCUGCACCCCUCCAUGCCCGCCUCCAUGCCCGCCUCCAUGCGCCCGUGCGGGUCGCUCUUAGCGCCAAGUGCGCUCCUACGCCGUCACGGCCCCCCUCCCCGCGCUAAAUUUCAGUACCCUUCCCUUCUUCCUAAGGUCAAUUCCGCCCCUCCCCUCUCUCCCGCAAGCACGCUAACCGUCGGACCAACUACCGCGACCGACGAAACCCUAAUCGGGGGCAACCGCCGCAAACGCGACGAACGCGGGCAACCGCCGCGGAGUAGGGUUUCACGGGCGACGGCCGCGGACGCGGGCCGCGGCGGCCGGCGGACGCGGCGGCCGGCGGACGCGGCGGCCGGCCGCGGCGACGGCCGCGGACGCGGCGGCCGCGGAGGCGGCGGCCGGCGGAGGCGGCGGCCGCGGACGCGGCGGCCGCGGACGCGGCGACCGGCGGAGGCGGCGGCCGCGGACGCGGCGGCGGCGGAGGCGGCGGCCGCGGACGCGUCGGCCGCGGACGCGGCGACCGGCGGAGGCGGCGGCCGCGGACGCGGCGACCGGCGGAGGCGGCGGCCGCGGACGCGGCGGCCGCGGACGCGGCGACCGUCCGCGGCGUCGGCCGCGGACGCGACGGCCGCGGACGCGGCGACCGUCCGCGGCGACGGCCGCGGAGGCGACGGCCGCGGACGCGGCGACCGGCGGAGGCGACGGCCGCGGACGCGGCGACCGUCCGCGGCGACCGGCGGAGGCGACGGCCGCGGACGUGGCGACCGGCGGAGGCGACGGCCGCGGGCGGCGCGACCGGCGGAGGCGACGGCCGCGGGCGGCGCUCCCGGCGGAGGCGACCGCCGCGGGCGGCGCGCCCAGGCGCAGCCCCGGUGUCGUCACCCCCUCCCCCUCCUUCCCCUCAUGGCGGACGACUCUACUCCCAUUGAGCUCGGAGCUAUCGACAAGCUCGAGCUCCUUCAUGAUACCACCGCUGUGAAUUGGGCGUCGUUCGAGGAUACGCUCCACACCCACCUUGGCUCCGUCAUCAUCCAAGACUACUGUCUCCUUGACAUAGUCCUUGAAACCUCUAACGGUCUUCCACCCGUUCUCCCUCCUCCGCUUGAUCCCCCUCCCCUCGAUGCCCCUCCCCUUCCAGAACCUAUUGACCCCCCCCCCAAUCCUCCAGUUCAUGAUGAUCACCCGGAUCGUUGGGCGGCCAACUUGAACAAUUACAAUAAGCUACGUGACACCUACACCAUCCAGCGUGAAGCAUAUCGUGUGGCUGAGGAAGCACAUGCUGUCGCUGCUGCACGCAUCCUCCAGUUGGGUCAUCCCAACUUUGCCACCCUCCGUCAAACUGUCUCCACCCAACUCCUCGACGGCCUCCCCCUCACAUCCAUCCCCCUUCUCCGCCACCAUAGCACCUCCCCUCCCCCCCACACCAGCACCUCAGGUUCUCUCAGCAGUCGCGCCCCCGUCUCCCUGCCCCUCACGGCAACUCAGCGAAGCCGAGCUGCAAUGCAGCUGUCUCCCCGCCCCGACCCUCAGCGCAGCAGAGCACCAGUGCAGCUGUCUGACCCUGCUGCUCUCCCUCUUGUUCCACGUGCCCUUCCUGCGCCUUCCUGUGCAACAAACCACUCCUCUCCUCACCUCCAUGCCGCGCCUCCUCCCUCUCUCUGUCCCUUUCCAGCCAACCCUGCCGCUGUCCCUCGUCUUCGACGUGCCCUUCCUUGUGCAGCAGAGAAAUCACAGUGCUUUUUUCCACCUCCCUUCCCCCUUCUCGCCCGCUGCUCGCCCCCUCAUGCACACCACCAGCUAACUCUGUCGCUCUCCCUCGUCUUCGACGUGCCCUUUCUGCGUGCCUGCUACUGUCCCAAGUCAGCCCUCACCCUCGACGAGUACAAGCAGUUCGUGAGUUACCCACCCGUGCUGCUGUUGCCGUGCCCCAUGUCCCAUGCCAUGACAUGUGUAUGCCACCCGUGCUGCCCUUGUCCUGUCCUGCGCACCUGCUAUGGUCCCAAGACAGCCCUCACCCUCGACGAGUACAAGCAGUUCGUGAGUGCAGGCAGUGAUGCUGUUGCCAUUGAGCAGUGGCGGCAUGCAGGUCACCCACGUGAUGUGCCUUGUGAAGGGCUGCCACCUCUUGCCCCUGCCCCAUACCCCUGGCCUGCCCUGCCUCAACAUCUGUCCCUGCACCCAACCCUCCACCUUAACCCCUGCAAGUGGGCAGUGGCGGCAUGCAGGGGCAGCAAGCAGGUGACCGAUGUGCUGUGCCUCGUCAAGGCCUACCACCUCGUGGCCCUACCUACCCUACCACCUGUGGGCAGGGGCAGCAUGGAAGUGACCCACGUGCUGUGCCUUGUCAAGGGCUGCCACCUCGUGCCUGGCGCUGGUGAGUGGGGCGCACCUGGGCUGGGGGCGCUGGUGAUUGAGAGGGGGGAAGGGAGGGGGGGGGGGGAGGGGGAGGAGCAGGGUUCCCCCGGGGUGACUAGGCUGCACAGGGCAGCCCUUUCCCUCCUCGUGCGUGAUGCUGGUUAUGCGCACCAUGCAUGGAUGGAGUGGAUGGGGAAAAUAGGAACGCUCUUUCCCUCUCUCUUUAUCUUCCCUUGUAUCUUCCCACUUCCCGCUCUUCUGCCCUCUCACCUCCUUCCCUCCUUCCUUCCCUCCCUCCUUCCCUCCCUCCUUCCCUCCCUCCUUCCCUCCCUCCUUCCCUCCCUCCUUCCCUCCCUCCUUCCCUCCCUCCUUCCCUCCCUCCUUCCCUCCCUCCUUCCCUCCCUCCUUCCCUCCCUCCCUCCCUCCCUCCCUCCCUCCCUCCCUCCUUCCCUCCCUCCCUCCCUCCCUCUCUCCCUCUAUGAGAGAGAAAACCCAAUUGCAGCACCACCUUCUCUCAUCCCCGUCCUUCUCCCCUUCCCUCCCCUCCCCCACCCCUCCCCCUUCUCCUCUCCCCCCUCAUUGUUUUGUUUUGGUGUCACAUUUUCGGUGGAGAGAGCGAGGGAGAUACAAGCAGCACCAAGAGGGCAGUUCAAGGCGAGCAAGGGGCGCAUCAGCCUGGCGAACGUGUUUGAGUCACCUGACCUGAGAAGUCGCCUCGAUAGCGCCCACUCCACCUCCCUGCUGACCCUCUCCUCUCAUACAGCACCAGGCGGGCAGUUCAAGGCGAGCAAGGGGCGCAUCAGCCUAGCGAACGUUGUGGUGCCGGCAGUGGAGCAGUGGACGUGGUCGGGCCUACCGGACAAACACUCGCUGCAAGCAACCCAUCACGGAUUCCAUCUACUUUCACAUGCUCUCCCCCAUGGACCUCCCGUUCCCUGCUCUGUGUCCUCUUCCCUUCCAUGCAUUCUCACACAUGUCCCCCUCUCCUCCCCACCGCCUGCCCUCUCCCCCUUCUCCCUCCAGCAACCCAUCACGGAUCCCAUCUUCUUUCGCAUGCUCGCCCCCAUGGACCUCCCGUUCCUGCUGCCCCCACCAUCGGGCAAGCAGAGGGGGAAGCCUAAGCCUGCCAAGGUGGUGCCGCGAGACACAUGCCUCGCGUCUCCCGCCAUCCGGUCCCUCUCUCGCUCUCGCCCACCCUCCCACCAGCACCCAUCGGACGGCUGUUUCCUGCCAGUCGACCAAGCAGCACAGUGCAUGCGUGCUGCAGCCAUCGCAGCCCGUCAUCCAUCGGACGGAUGUUUCCUCCCAAUCGACCAGGCAGCACAGUGCAUGUGCACAGCUGCUAUCGCAGCGCGUGUCCCUCUUGUCUUCCUCGCCACCAAUGCCCAGCCACACGAAGUAGCAGCCAUUGCAGCAACGCUUCUUGAGGCUCCUCAACAACAGCCAUAG